UGGCAGUAUGUAUUUUUAUAGGUUAUGUGAGGUUAUGUUAAGUUGUUUACAGAUAUCAAAACAUAAUUUAAAACUUUCAAAAAUAAUGUCUGCAACGUUUAAAAAUGCGAAGCAAAAGCUUAAACAAAAUGAGUUAAGGAAGAUAAUGAGCGAGCACAAAAAUAAGUUGCAAAAAUCAGCGAAGAAGAUAGAAUCACCUUUAGCAAAAUACAACGAAUCGGGACAAUUAACCUGUAUAUUAUGUAAAUCUAUAGUAAGAUCGGAAGCGGUGUGGAAUGUUCACUUAAAUUCAAAACAACACAAAGAAAAUGUCGAAGCGGCAAAGAAAUUAAAAGAAAAAACUAAUAAUUUCACAACGGCAAUAAAAAGACCAGCCACACCACCUUUAGAAGUACCAACAAAAAAACUUAAAGGAAUUUUAAAAAACUCCACUUCAAAAACUGAAAAUAAUGAUACAAAUCAAACGGAUCAACUUCCCGAUGAUUUCUUUGACACAAAAAAAUCAAACUUAAAUCUUCCACAACUUGGGCAACAAAACCAAGAUAAAAUUGAGAAAGAACCAGAGAAAAUGGAUGUAGAACAACCUGAUUCCGCUUUACCCGAAGGAUUCUUCGAUGAUCCAAAAUUAGAUGCAAAAGCACGUAAUUUAGAGUACAAAGAUCCUGUUGAAGAAGAAUGGGAAAAAUUUCAGAAAGAAAUUAGAGACGCUGACUUUGAAUCAGCUGCUAUAAUAGCAGAAGACCAAGAAGAAGCCACCAAUGAACGACAAAUCGACGAAAUUGAUGAGCAAAUUAAGAAUUGGUCUAGAGUGGUUAAUUUGGAAAAAAAGAAGGUUGAGGUUAUUGGGAACGUAGCGGAAAAAGAUGAAAAUAUGAUGAGUGUUGGGGAUGAUGAAGAGGUUAACGAAGAGGAUUUUGAUGAAUUUUUAGAUUGGAGAUCGAAAAAAUCUUUUGUAUGAAACAUCUCUUAGGUUAAUUUUUUUUUAU